CCAUCUAUAUAUAUCUGCACAAUAUCAUUGUUCAACCAUAUCCUUAUCAAAAAAACCAAGUUAGCAAGCUACAUUGCAAACCAACAUGGCUUCUACAGACAAACCUGUAGACACCGAAUACAGCAGACCAACUUCAUCAGCUCAAGCACCAGCUGGUGUUGAUUUAUUUAAGUUUGAUGUCAUCCUAAGGUUUUUGUUGUUUGCAGCAUCGUUGGUGUCUGUUGUGGUGAUUGUCACUGGCAAUGAAACUAAAUAUAUUCCCCUGCCACGGCCAGCCAAGUUCAGAUACUCACCAGCCUUUGUAUACUUUGUGGCUGCUUUGUCCGUUGCAGGCCUUUACAGUAUCAUUACAACUCUUGCAUCACUCUAUGCCAUUAAAAAUCCAGCACUUAAAGCAAAGUUGCUCCUCUACUUUAUCUUAUGGGAUGCGCUUAUAUUGGGGAUAAUAGCCUCAGCAACAGGCACAGCCGGGGGUGUAGCAUAUGUGGGUUUGAAGGGAAACAAGCAUGUCAACUGGAACAAAAUUUGCAAUGUUUAUGAUAAGUUCUGUAGACAUGUCGGUGCCUCCGUAGCAGUGGCUUUGUUUGGAAGCAUUGUGACAGUCUUGCUCAUUUGGAUUUCAGCUUACAGCCUUCAUAGUCGAGUUCCCAAGUAGAUGGAAAGAACAUGUAUCGUGCAUUCUGCGUAUCUAUUCACGUCUUCAUUUAUCAUUGUUUAUAAAGUUAGUGUGCUCGGAAAUUGUUCAGAGUGUGUAGAUGACUUGAUGUAUUGCUUCGGUUGUGUUGAUUAUUUUGUAAAUCAGUGUUUCCCCUUGAAGACUCGGUUGUAUUACUUUACAUGAGAUUCGUGCUAUAAAUGAUUUCAAAUUUUUCAUUA